AGUAUUAAAGUCCUGCAGAGCAGCUGUUUGCUCUGAGUCACACUGAGACCUCGGAGCGGAGUCAUCAGUGUCGGAGUUUGAUACUCACUCUUAUUGAUUAUCGAUCGGAAGAGGACAUCACUUUCACACGCGGACUCCUCUGGAUUAAACCUGAACCCUCUCACUGAGACCUCUCCUCAUCGGUCAGAGUUUAUUGUGGCAGAUAUAACGGCCAUAAUGCCGCCGGUGUUGACCAUGUCCAGCACAAACUACGAUUACGACUACGACACGGUCCAGCCCUACUUCCUGGACGGCGAGGAGGAGGACUUCUACCCUCCUCCACGCAGCCAGCUCCUCCUCGGCCCCGGUGAGGACAUCUGGAAGAAGUUUGAGCUGCUGGCGACGCCCCCCCUGUCCCCGAGCCGGACGCCAUCCCUGUCUGACGUCCCCCCGUCCGCCGCCGACCACCUGGAGGCCGUGUCCGACCUGCUGGACGAGGACCGCAACCCCUCGGCUGCCGCCUUCCUCCAGUCCUUCAUCAUCCAGGACUGCAUGUGGAGCAGCAGCUUCGCCGCCGCCACCAAGCUGGAGAAGGUGGUGUCAGAGAGGCUGGCCUCGCUGCGGGCCCGCCGAGACUCCACCUGCACCAGCACCAACACUAACGGCGCCGCAGACGGAGCAGCUGAUCAGCAGGUGGACACAGGCUACCUGCAGGACCUCCACCCACCGGCCACUGACUGCAUCGACCCCUCCGUGGUGUUUCCGUACACCACCCUGAGCGAGAGGAGCGCUGACGGAGCAGCGGUGGAGGCGGGGUCAGAGCUGCGUCUGGACACACCGCCACUCAGCAGCAGUGACAGCGAAUCAGAAGAAGAAGAAGUGGAGGAGGAGGAGGAGGAGGAGAUCGACGUGGUGACGGUGGACAGGAGGAAGACGUCGCGGCGGUCGGACACGUCCCCGCUGGUUCUCAAACGCUCCCACAUCAACAUCCACCAGCACAACUACGCCGCCCAGCAGCCGUCAGCGACCCGCGAACAGCCCGCCAUCAAACGCAUCAGGUCAGAGGUCGCCUCCCCAGCGUCGCCGAGGCGCCGGUGCUGGAGUCCGCGGUCGGACGGAGAGGACGGAGACGACAGACGCAGGACUCACAACGUCCUGGAGAGGCAGCGGCGGAACGAGCUGAAGAUGAGCUUCCUGGCUCUGAGGGACGAGAUCCCGGCGGUGGCUCGCAACGACAAAGCGGCCAAGGUGGUGAUCCUGAAGACGGCGACAGAGUUCAUCCGUAAGAUCAGAGAGGACGAGAGGAGGCUGCUGACGAUGAAGGACGAGCUGAGGAGGAGGAGCAGAGAGCUGAAGCUCAGGCUGCAGCAGCUCAGGACUCAUCAGACCUAGUUCGUCUCUGAACAUCCAGACUGUAACCAGCGUCACCUGAACGCAGCACAGGCAGCUGUGGACUGAACUACAUGGACCAGAAUUCCCUCUAUUUAUUUCAUUUUUACUGACGUCUGAACCUUUUAAUUUAAAAUGUUUUUUUACCUAGAAACCAUUUCAAUGUGAUCGACUGUGAUCAGAUCAAUAACUGUUUAUUUAAUCAAUAACUGAUUACAUUUCUAUUUUUAUAUUCCUCCUGAAGAACAGGAGGCUCUUCAGAAUAAAAGCUUCUGUCAGUGUUAAA